AUGGCGCUUGCCCUGAACUGGCCUGAUCUUGUGGCGGCCACGCUUCUGCCACAGGUGAUAGUGGACGCCAAAAGCGCCACCGACGGUACCACGUUCAUGACGGUCCAGAAACAAAAAGACGGGCAGAUAACUUUCCUGGUAACAUUACCCCUGGUCAAGGGCCAGGCCAGCCGCCACGGCCAGCCGCCACGAGGCCAGAGCCACACAACCAAAGGAGUGGUGCCGAGACGAGAGGUGGCGGUGAUGUGCUGGGAGUAG